AUUUUUUUUGGCUAAUCUUCAUAUUUUUGGAGUAUAUUUCAUCUGAAUCUCAAGUUUUUGCAGUUUGAGGGUGUGGGGCUCUUCUUGCUAUUUCUGAGGGGGUUUUUGCCUGAAUCUGGGUGGUUUGGGUUUUUCUGGGCUGAAUCUUGGUGUUUGGGAGGUUUUUAUGGUCACAGGAUGCCCGGUGAGUUCUAGAGAUGGACUUGGGCAGGAGGAACCCCCAAGCCAACGCGCUCAGCCCUUGUUUUCCCCCCAUCAGGAUUUGUCCUUCCCAAAGCUUGGGCAGAUGGAGGAGGCUGCGAGGAAGAGGAAGAUGCCUUGGGCCCCCCAGGCAGGCCCCGAGCUGAGGACGGAGAGCCCGGAGGACAAAUCCCCCUGGCAGAGCCUGGUGGGAGAGGCCGUUUUGAAGGGCUCCCCGGCGCAGGAAGGCAGCGGGAAGGAAAAGGGCCGGAGAUCCCCCCGCAGGAGGGGCUCCAAAGCCAGCCCAGGGUGCUCUGAGGAGGAAAGAGCCAGCCUGUGCCGGGAAGGCGGCUGGAGCUUGAGGGGGAACUCUGACCUGGUGGUCCCUGAGCAGCCUCCCAGCAGGGAGAAGCCCUUCAGGUGCUUGGAAUGUGGGAAGAGCUUCAGGAAGAGCACCCAACUCCUUGCCCACCAGCACAUUCACACUGGGGAACGGCCCUACACGUGUAGGGAAUGUGGGAAGAGCUUCAGGGACAGCUCCAACCUGAUCCAACACCAGCACAUUCACACUGGGGAACGGCCCUACACAUGUAGGGAAUGUGGGAAGAGCUUCAAGCAGAGCUCCACCCUGAUCCGACACCAGCGCACCCACACUGGGGAACGGCCCUACACGUGUGGGGAAUGUGGGAAGAGGUUUCAGUGCAGUGGGAAUCUCCUCAGGCAUGAGCAGACACACACGGAUGAGAGGCCCUUCCGCUGCACCGACUGCGGGAAGGGCUUUAAGCGGAACUCCCACCUCAUGAUCCACCAGCGGACACACACGGAUGAGAGGCCCUUCCACUGCAGCGACUGCGGGAAGGGCUUCAACCGGAACUCCACCCUCGUCACCCACCAGCGCAUCCACAGCAGGGAGAGGCCCUACAGCUCCAGCCCCCGCACCCACCAUCUUAUCCACACUGGGGAACGACCCUACAGGUGCUCGGAAUGUGGGAAGAGGUUUAAGACCAGCUCCAAUCUCCUCCUGCAUGAGCGAACGCACACAGAUGAGAGGCCCUUCCGCUGCACCGACUGCGGGAAGGGCUUUAAGCGGAACUGCAUCCUCAUCAUCCACCAGCGGACACACACGGAUGAGAGGCCCUUCCACUGCACCGACUGCGGGAAGGGCUUUAACCGGAACUGCACCCUCGUCAGGCACCGGCGCAUCCACAGCGGGGAGAGGCCCUACAAGUGUGGGGAGUGUGGGAAGAGCUUCACCCAGAGCUCUACCUUGACCAAACACCAACGGACCCACCACAGGGAGAAGCCCUUCAGGUGCUUGGAAUGUGGGAAGAGCUUCAGGAAGAGCACGAAACUCCUUGCCCACCAGCACAUUCACACUGGGGAACGGCCCUACACGUGUAGGGAAUGUGGGAAGAGCUUCAGACACAGCUCCACCCUGAUCCAACACCAGCGCAUUCACACUGGGGAACGGCCCUACACGUGUAGGGAAUGUGGGAAGAGCUUCAGGGACAGCUCCAACCUGAUCCGACACCAGCACAUCCACACUGGGGAACGGCCCUACACGUGUAGGGAGUGUGGGAAGAGCUUUAGGGACAACUCCACCCUGAUCCAACACCAGCGCAUCCACACUGGGGAACGGCCCUACACGUGUGGGGAAUGUGGGAAGAGGUUUCAGCGCAGUGGGAAUCUCCUCAGGCAUGAGCAGACACACACGGAUGAGAGGCCCUUCCGCUGCACCGACUGCGGGAAGGGCUUCAACCAGAACUCCACCCUCGUCAGGCACCGGCGCAUCCACAGCAGGGAGAGGCCCUACAGCUCCAGCCCCCGCACCCACCAUCUUAUCCACACUGGGGAACGACCCUACAGGUGCUCGGAAUGUGGGAAGAGGUUUAAGACCAGCUCCAAUCUCCUCAUGCAUGAGCGGACGCACACGGAUGAGAGGCCCUUCCGCUGCACCGACUGCGGGAAGGGCUUUAAGUGGAACUGCACCCUCGUCAGGCACCGGCGCAUCCACAGCGGGGAGAGGCCCUACAAGUGUGGGGAGUGUGGGAAGAGCUUCACCCAGAGCGGUAACUUGACCAAACACCGACGGACCCACCAGGGGAUUAAGCCCUUCAGGUGCUUGGAAUGUGGGAAGAGCUUCAGGAAGAGCACGAAACUCCUUGCCCACCAGCACAUUCACACUGGGGAACGGCCCUACACGUGUAGGGAAUGUGGGAAGAGCUUCAGACACAGCUCCACCCUGAUCCAACACCAGCGCAUUCACACUGGGGAACGGCCCUACACGUGUAGGGAAUGUGGGAAGAGCUUCAGGGACAGCUCCAACCUGAUCCGACACCAGCACAUCCACACUGGGGAACGGCCCUACACGUGUAGGGAGUGUGGGAAGAGCUUUAGGGACAACUCCACCCUGAUCCAACAUCAGCGCAUCCACACUGGGGAACGGCCCUACACGUGUGGGGAGUGUGGGAAGAGGUUUCAGCGCAGUGGGAAUCUCCUCAGGCAUGAGCAGACACACACGGAUGAGAGGCCCUUCCGCUGCACCGACUGCGGGAAGGGCUUCAACCAGAACUCCACCCUCGUCAGGCACCGGCGCAUCCACAGCAGGGAGAGGCCCUACAGCUCCAGCCCCCGCACCCACCAUCUUAUCCACACUGGGGAACGACCCUACAGGUGCUCGGAAUGUGGGAAGAGGUUUAAGACCAGCUCCAAUCUCCUCAUGCAUGAGCGGACGCACACGGAUGAGAGGCCCUUCCGCUGCACCGACUGCGGGAAGGGCUUUAAGUGGAACUGCACCCUCGUCAGGCACCGGCGCAUCCACAGCGGGGAGAGGCCCUACAAGUGUGGGGAGUGUGGGAAGAGCUUCACCCAGAGCGGUAACUUGACCAAACACCGACGGACCCACCAGUAAGGGGAACCCUGCGAGUGCCCCGACUGCGGGAAGAGCUUCGGCCGCUGCUUCCACCCCGAAUGAAGCCCCUGAUGGGGAGGCAACCCCUGGAGUCCAGUGACUGUCAGUCCAACCCUUUCGACCACAAAGGGCCAGUCCCCUUUCCCAGA